AAUAUUGAUUUUUUGAUGAGUUAUCGGAAUUCUAAAGGAGAGAAGCUAUCGUUCACAUUGAGCAGCCGUAGGUCUUGAGCAAUCAAUCGCAAUGAAUUAUUCCCUUUCCCUCUACACCAUCGAUUGCUAUCACCUAGCAAUGCACAAACAAUACUGUCCACAGUAUUCCACGAUUGAAUUCCCUCUUCUGUAGAGGAAGAACUCACAAGAAGAAAGACGUGCGAAGCCACACCGUUAUCGGACUACAAGAUACACUUGAUUCCAUGUGUCAACGAAAUAAUCAUAUCAAAAGGAAACUUUUCCUAGGACAUCGCCGCCAUUCGCGCAAUAUACGUUUGAGUUCUUCGUGGGUCCAUCAACGCCGAUGAAGGAUAGACACGAACGAGGAUCCACCAUCCCCGAGCUGCCGUUUUCGAACGUCCUCUACGGAUCACAUGAAAUUGCGAGAUAAGGUAUUGCGACAUAUGCCUAGCUUCCGGCACUUGAAUGUAGUUCAUCAUGGGGAUAUCAUUGGCGCAUAUUGGCAAAAGCGCCACCUUCACCUUCCUAUGUAAGCAAAAUCCUCCGCCAAAUGUUCAAGCAAUUACUUGGCACUUGGUCCCAGUAUAAAUACGAUGCUUAUCCAGCAUUGGCACAUUUCGCCAAGGUCCCUUAAGACAUUCCCCUUCCUGAUGUAGGUUAGCGAAGAAGCUUAUCCGACAUUACACCACCUCGGCAAAUGUCUCGUCCAGCCACUCACAGCGCUCGUUGCUUUUUUCUUCAAGAAAGGUUCUAGAUAUCUAUAACAAAUCAACAAGACACAUUGGACAGUCCGUGUACCAGUGAUAUCUUGAUUAGAUCGAGUUGCUAUAUAUGGGAAGGAUCUUUGCAGCCAAGAGAUGAUAAUGCGACUUUGUGCAUUAAACCGUCUUAGCUUUGACCCUCUUCGUCGCUCAUAUCAAUUGGAUGAGGCUGGUCGACGUGGACACACGUGAAGACAUUGCCGGUCGUAGGUCAGUUUGCAUCGUGAAGAACCUGGUGAUCAAGAUAUUACAGUUUAUGAAAUGGGAGGGUUUUAAACUUACCUGCCUCAUCUGGCAGAUUGUUAUCAUUUGACAAUGGAGAGGGAAUCAGUACUUAUAGUCCUGCACUUUCGCUCUCCAUUGAAAGAACAUCCUCCCAGUCAAGUCUUAAUUCAGAUCAAUACUCCAAAGAUCUCAACAUGAUUUCCAAGAUUCUCCCAGUCGCCGCUCUCGCUGGUGCAGCUAUGGCUGCUACCAGUUGCCCUCUCUCAGUUGAGAUUGCUGGCACUGCCGAUCAUGUUGCUCAAGUCGCAAUCACCAACACUGGUGCCGAGACCCUCACUCUCUUCAAGGGUAACACCGUCUUGAGUGAACACGCUACUUUGGACGUCGUAGCUGCUACAGCUGAUAAGGAUCUUGAAUUCAAGGGAACUUAUGUCAACUAUAAGCGUACCGGCCUUGCUCCUGAAAUGUUCCAAACUCUUCAACCUGGCGAGACUGUCACAGCUUCUCUCAACGUAGCCAAGACCUACAAUCUUGAAGGUCUUGAGACUGUUGAUGUUACCGCUAUCCAAGGUUUCAGAUAUGUCAUUGGAGAACGUGCUCCAUCUGCUUUGAGCCAAACUACUCUUUGCGACGCUGUCACCUCCAACACUGUGACUAUUACCCCUGAUCAAAGCAAGGUUGCAUCUGAUCUUGUCAGCAGAGAUGAGCCAUUCCACUCACGUAUCUCAAAGCGUGCCAUUACCUACAGCAGUUGCAGCACCUCUCAAACCAGCGGCCUUAAGACUUCAGUCGCUGAUGCCAUCACAUUGGCUACCAAUGCUUACACUGCCGCUGGUACUGGCGCCGAUUACUUUACCACCUGGUUCAAGUCUACCUCCGAGGAGAGCGCCGUUCGUGCCAUCUACAAUGAUGUCAAGAACGUUCAAACCACAGGCCCAAAGAUCUCUUGCACAGACACCUACGGAGAUUGCUCUGACGGAAGUGCCUUGCUCUACACAGUUCCCAGCGCCAACGUCAUUGUUCCUUGCCCAAACAAUGGAUUCUAUGGCUUUCCUGAGUACUCAACUACUUGCGCGGAUUUCGAUUAUGACCGUGCCGGAAGCAUCUUGCACGAGAUGACUCACUUGUACGGUACCGAGGAUUGGGCUUAUGGACCAACCGCUGCUAAGGCUUUGUCUGCUGCUCACGCUGCCAACAACGCCGAUACCUACGAGAUGUAUGCUGGAUCCGUCAGACUCGGUGGAUGCACUGGUUAAAUUCCCUCAGAUACUGAGUGGGAUGUUGAAUUUGUUGGAGUGAUGGAGUGAUUGAAAUGGCUGGUUCGAUAAGAGCCUUUACGAUUUGCAAAGAGAAGGGCCUUUAUGAAUCCCCAGGCCUUCUUUGAUAUUUGUUGUUGUAGUUACUUGCAGCGAAAUUUGAAAGAUAAUAGUACAUAUGUUUGCCUCGU